AUUUUUUAUACAGAUAUCGACGGGUGCCAAGGAAUGAUUUAUAAGAUGUUGCUCAAUUUCGGGGAUGGGAUUUCUGGCUGGAAACUAUCCCAACUCGAUAAUAAGAGUAAAUUUCUGGUGUUUCCUUCGUGUUUUUACUGACGCACUUGAAAUGGAGAAAGGGAUGAAGAGGUGGAUCGUGAAUAUUGCCUCCUGGAAUCCUUCCGAGGAUCACUUAUCGUCCCUUGCCUGUCUCUUUCCGCCGCACGAGCGUUCUGCCAUCAACAGAUUCAUUAGGUAUGAAGACAGGAAAAGGGCACUUGUUAGUCGGUUGCUUCAAUACACACUAGUUCAUGAUAUUUUUGGCAUCCCAAUCGACAAAAUAUUAAUAAAGCGAACAGCUGAGGGCAAACCUUACCUGCCAAAUGCAGACCUUGCAUUAUUCCCAAAUUUCAACUUCAACGCAUCUCAUCAUGGGAACUAUGUUGGCAUAGCAUCAGAACCUUCAUUCUUGGUGGGCUUUGAUAUUGUUUCUGAUUCCAUGCCAAUCAAGGAAACUGUUAUCGAUUUCAUGAACAAUUUUUCAUCACAUUUCACAACUUUAGAAUGGACUGACAUUAUGAAAUCCAACAACCCUUAUGAUUCAUUGGCCACAUUUUACAGGUACUGGUCCCUGAAGGAGGCAUUUGUUAAAGCCAUCGGCGCGGGUCUUGGAUAUGGGUUGCAUAGGUUGGAAUUUAAUCAUAAUAACUGGACCAACAUAUUUGUUUGCAUUGAUGGUGAGGAAUCUAGAGAUUGGAGAUUCUGGCAUAUUGAGCUUGAUCAGCACCAUUGGGCAUCUGUAGCUAGGGGUCAUCCCAGAUGUGCAAGUGAGAGUUUUGAAAAAACAUUCUCAGCUUUACAUUUUGAACCAGAAGAUUAUUGGAAUGAGCUCCAGAUUCCUGAUGAUGGUUUCACUUUCUGGACCGUUGAAGAGCUGAUUCGUCCUGCAAUUCUGCAACCAUGUUUAUGUUGAAGGUUCAGGCUCUCUCUUAUGAACAGACUGAGCGAAAAUUGAAGGUUAUAGGAGUCGAACACGCAAAACAGGGUCAAAAUGCGCAUAUAGUGAUGUCUGGCAUGACCACGCCUGAUCUGGGCAUGAUCGCGUCAGAACUGGCAUGACCACGUUAGUUUAGGGUGCGACCAUGCUGGGGUCUAGCGUGGCAACACUGCGGGACAUUCAUAACUCAUCUUUUGUGGGAUUUCUUGCCAAUUUUAGACCUAUUGAUGGAUUUGGAGAGAUUGGGUGUUUAUUUUGGAUCUCUAAUGUAAAAAAACUAAAUAUAAAUAUGCAUUUGUCAUAAGAGAGGUCUUCUUGGCCUCUCGGAGACUCGGACAAAGAGUUCUGCAUCAGAGAGGGCUUGCAGACUGAAAGAUGAGAGUUUGUGGGAGAUUUUGAGAGCUCUCUUGACAGUUGUUUUCCUCAUUUAACGAAAACCUGAUAGGGAGAGUUUUUUAUUUGCUUUGUGAGCUGUGAGACUAUAUAUGAGAGGAAAGUUUGCUGACU